GGACAGCGACCUAGCCGAGCAGACUGGCCAGAGGACCCGCCUCCCGGUGCCUAGCGGCGUUGCAUGAUUGGCUGGAGCCUCUGAAGUGGGGGGAGAAAAGUGAGCGCCGAUGGCUGGAGGGGGGCGUGUCUGCGCCUGCGGUUCGGUGGCGGAACGGCCGGGGCCGGCUCUGAGUAUGGGAAGUAGCCUAUCUGGUGGCUGGAGAGCUGACCUUGGAGCCAGGACAACCUGGGUUCAGAUGUCCCUUCUGACACAUAUGGCUGUAUGAUCCUAGGGAUCACAGGCAGCUCCCUUAGCAGCAGCAGCAACAGCUGUAGCUGUGGCUAUAGCAGAAAUGGAGAUGCAGUCUUAUUACACGAAGCUCUUGGGAGAGCUGAAUGAGCAACGCAAGAGGGACUUCUUCUGUGACUGUAGCAUCAUCGUGGAAGGCCGGAUCUUCAAAGCCCAUAGGAACAUUCUCUUUGCUAACAGUGGAUACUUCCGAGCUCUGCUGAUCCACUAUAUUCAGGACAGUGGGCGGCACAGCACAGCCUCUUUGGACAUUGUUACUUCUGAAGCCUUCUCUACUAUCCUGGAUUUCCUCUAUUCAGGGAAAUUGGAUCUGUGUGGGGAGAAUGUGAUUGAGGUCAUGUCAGCUGCCAGCUACCUACAGAUGACAGACGUGGUGAACUUCUGCAAGACUUAUAUCCGCUCCUCACUUGACAUCUGCCGGAAGAUGGAGAAGGAAGCUGCGGCAGCAGUGGCUGCUGCUGUAGCUGCUGCAGCUGCUCACCAGGCUGAGGGUGGGAGUUCUCCAUCCGGCCAGGAGAUGACUUCUUGUGGUCCCAAAAGCCAGUGCCCUAUCUUGGUGCCCUUGCCAGAAGAAAGAGAAGAAGUUGGAGACUGCCCCCAAGAUGCCCCUUGUGAGGAUUGUGCUAGCUGUCACCCACUGGAGCUAGUGGUGAAAGGCCCCCCAGGUAGUGACUCUGUGGAUGACUUCUCUUCUCUGCCCAAAGGGACAGAGCCCAAAGUGGAGUUUGACUCUGAUGACGUGGAUGUUGAAGUCGAAGUUGGUGACCGGCUGCAGCAGUACUCAGCCCCAUUGGCCCUGGAACCCAUGGAGGGGGGUCUGCCUGGGAGCCAGGCUUUGGACCUGGCCUGUAAUAAUUACCACAUGAAGCAGUUUUUGGAGGCCCUUUUGCGCAACAGUACAACCCAGAGCAAAGAGGAUGCUGCCCCUUUUUCUCGAGGUUUUGAGAGUAGACCAGAGGAUGCAGGAAUGGCUGUGAGCUCUAUGAUGGACAUCCCAAGUGACUGGUAUGGAGAAGAUGCAGGUGACGUGCUGGUGGUUCCCAUCAAACUCCACAAGUGCCCUUUCUGCCCAUACACAGCCAAGCAGAAGGGCAUCCUCAAACGGCACAUCCGCUCCCACACCGGUGAAAGACCCUACCCCUGCGACACCUGUGGCAAGCGGUUCACCCGACAGGAGCACCUGCGGAGCCACGCCCUGAGUGUCCAUCGCUCAAAUCGACCAAUCAUUUGCAAGGGUUGCCGGAGAACCUUCACAAGUAGCCUAUCUCAGGGGCUGCGGCGGUUUGGUCUAUGUGACAGCUGUACAUGUAUUACGAAUCCACAAGAUGACCCAGUACCCAUCAACCUGAGCCAGAUGGAGGCAUCCUCUGAGGGUCAGGAGAAGGGUGAUAUAGACAAUGACUGGCCAAUAUAUGUGGAGUCUGGUGAAGAAAAUGAUCGCACUGGAGAUGAUUCAGAUGACAAGCAAGACCUGCAUCGAAGCCUUCUGAAUUGAGAGGCGCUGAUGUAGCAAUAAAUGGGGAGGAAGAUUUUUAACGCCCCCUCAUGACUGGUCAUUCUGUGGCUCAAAACCAUCCAUGGACUCAGUUUUGUGGAACCCUAAGAGGUUUGUUUUUUUUUUUUAAAAACAAUGACUACAUUUACAUUUUUGAUAGAACGCAAAGCAGGGGUUGACUUUUGUGAUUCCAAAAUGUUUUUUCACUUUUCAGUGCUGUGCACUCUAAUUUUGAGGUAUUUCUAUCAGUCAAAUCCUCAUUCUGGUCAAGCUGUGGCUGUGUUUUUCAGCUCCCUUUUCUCACUGCUGUGUGUCUGAAUCCUGACUAGGAGAGAAGGUGGUUCUCUUAGUAGGUAGGAAAGAGUUUCUUUAUUUGUUUUCUUUUUUCUCUUUCCAGGGAGCUACCAGAGCCUCUGACCCUCUCUCUCUUACAUACAUAUGGGAACACACAUACACCCCCUCUUUUGAUCCUGCAACUACUACACUUUUUCUGAGAAAAGAUGGCUAAGAGGACAUUUUGCUUUGGGCCUAAUUUGGAGUUUAGCCAAACUGUUCAGCUGUGAUUUCUCUUUUGAUGGUGCCUCCAUCAAACAGGGGUGCUUUCAAUUCAGAUACUAUGAAUUCUAAAUAUUAUUUUAGAGUGAGGCUUUAAAUGAGUAGUUAAUUCUGAAAACCAGUACAACGCUUGAAUGUAAAAUAAGAUGUCUAUCUGUAGGUGAUGGACAAAGAAGCUGUGUGAUAUUUAAGUUUCCUCCCAACGCUAAGAUUCCAGGAUUCUAUGAUUUCAAGAUUUGAGAGUUCCAAGAUGCUAGGACUUUAUGGCUUCAGGAUUCCAUUUCUCCAAGGUUCCAGAGGAAUCUAAAAUUCUAGGACUCAGAUUCUAUAAUAUGUUGAUUAGAUAGGUAGGCAUGGAAAAUACAUAAUAAACACAAAAAACACAAGAAAGCAACUUUCAGUAAUAAAGCAAAGGGCUCUUCUGCUCUGUCCCUCUGAGGACACAUUAUAAAGUGAGCCUUAUGUAGUAAGCAGUAGAGCCCCCGUGGUGGUUCACAGAAUGUUAAACCUGAAUGGAAUCUUAAAGAUCAUCAAUUUCAGAUCCCUCAUUUUACAGAUGAGGAAACCGAAGCCCUGAAAGUCCAAGUGAUUUGCCCCAAAUCACACAACUAAUCAGUGAUAGAAUUCUUCCAGCCUUUGAUAUUUAUUUGAUAUAUAAAUACCAUUCACAUAGCUCAUGUUUUGUGAUUCCAAAAGGAUUCCAUAGGAUCAUAGAUUUCAAGUCCAUUUUACAGAUCAAGAAACUUGAGUCCCAGAGAAUAUGUUACCCAAGGUUAUGCAGAGCAGGGGUUCAAACCCAAAUGCUCUGACUGCAAAGCUAGCAUUCUUCCCUUUGUACUGUGCCAUUCAGACCAUUGUCACAGGAGCCAAGAUACUAACCUGAUUUCCCUUUUCACUUCCUACUUCAAGGCUCUAGUGCUAUGUAAGCUUAGAAAUAUAGUUACCACAGAAAUUUCACGAGUUUUACUUAAGUACAGAAUAUUAGAGCAAAAGUGUAAACUUUUAAAAAGCAAAUUUUAGUGCCCCGUCCCCAUGAUCUUUUCAAAGUUUCCAUAAGGGAGAGAGGGAAGUGCCCAGGGAGAAGAGAAAUACUUACGAGGUUCACUAUAUUCCUCCACCCUCUUUGCAAUCUUCUUGGUUACUCUGGUGAAUGUGGCUGUUUAAAGGAUUAAGGAAAUCUUGGGUAAUAAGGCCAUCUUUUGUAAUUGAGCUCACUGGUUAAAUUUACAUUGUGGCCUGAUUAUCUGCCAUCUCUUGAGGUACAAAUGUGUUCUCCUGAAGGUGGUAUAGUAAUUUUGUUCUCUGCCUUCUGAGUGCAAAAUUAGCUGAAUGCCUUAUGGAAUUAGCUAGGAGCCUAGAAAUGAUUUAUUGGUAAAUUACUUUGAACCAGCACUGCAAAGAGGUUAGUAUGGUGUGGGCUUAAAUAGCUAGCCAAAGAAACAGCCAGAGUUAUAGCUGUUGGAAGAACGAAUUGGAGUGAGGUUUGCUAUUAAAAAAAUGAGUCAACACUAGAAACAUUUUCCUUAAUGCAAAAAAACAGGGACUCUUUCCUGUUGUUUUAAAGGAGAGAUCUUAGUAAGACAGAAACCCUAAACUGGUGGUAUUGGAGGGAUAUACAGAGAGCAGUUUUCAAUGAUAAAACUUUUAGUAACCUCUCUUUAAAUAUUUGAGACUUUUCUACCUCACAGUCCAGUUUUUGCACCUAUAUUGGCAUGUAAUAAGAUCACAGUCCUGUUUGGGACCUUAUAACCUGUCUAUAUUCCUGAGCAUAAAGACAUAAUUGCCUAUUGAGGACUUCUCUGUAAGAUCCAGUAGGAUGGGGAAUACAUCCUAAAAAUGGAAGAAUGUCACUAUUUCCUUCUUUUCAUACACUGUAUUCCACCUCCAGAAUCAGAAUGCUUGACAGACCUUCCCCAGUUGCGCCCCUCCAAAGCCUUGGGAAGUAGCUGGCUCUCUUUUUUCCAAAGGUACAGAUGGCAGGUAACUAGUUAAGUUCAUAGUUCAUUUCAGGUGAAGAAGUAGAACUGAAGAAAUCCUGGCUUUGAGGUAUGUCUUCAGACCAGUAAAUGGAUCAUUACUGAAUUUGAAAGUAGCAGAAUGGCUAGGAGAAAAUGAGAUGUGAAAUUUCAUCCUUGAAAGAUUUUCUCAGGAUAGAGGUCCUUUCCAUAAUAAUGUUUUAGCUUGUUAUGGUCAUAGAUGGUCCAUCAUUUCCCCUUCAUCUCAGUUCUGGAGAGCAGUAUCCACACUAAAAGCAUUGGCAUUUGAAAUUAUACUCAGCUCUCUGGGUUCCGUCAUCUUGCUGGAGGAGGUGUGUUUUUUUAUAUGCAAUAUCAGUUUGUAAACUAAAUGUCUAUUUAUUUUAAAUUACUGUCCACAUAGGAGAUAUUUCUGAGCUUUUUUUUUAUUGCCUUUAAACUGUUAUUCAGUGGAGCUGGUAAUGUUUUUAUAAGCAGUAAAUUCACAACAGUGUCAGCACAGGCCAGUAGUGACUGAAAUUUUAUGUCCCACAGGGAAGUCUUGAUGACUCCUUUUCUUUCUGUACAUUCAAACUAAGUUCACAAAGAAACUUUAAAAAAACCCCUGUAAUUGUAGAAAUGACUAGCAGAGGAGAAGAAAGAGGGUUUGUGUGUUUAAUGGAAUUUGAAGUGGGGUCCAUGGAUAGUGGGAACUCUUGGGGACAG